GCCUUGGAUCCGCUGGAGCACGCGUGGAUGCUGUGCGCUUCGGACGGACGCUGGGAAAGCCUGGAGAGUUUGCUGAGCUGCGAGCCAGCGCUGUUGGCCAAGCGCGACUUCAUCACGGGCUUCACGUGCCUGCACUGGGCGGCCAAGCUGGGCCACCCCGAGCUGCUGGCCAGGCUGGUUAACUUCGCCCACCGGCAGCGCCUGCCCCACAACAUUAACGCGCGCGCGAGCGGCGGCUACACGGCGCUGCACCUGGCCGCCAUGCACGGCCACUUGGAGGUGGUGAAGCUGCUCGUGGGCGCCUACGACGCCGAUGUCGAUAUUCGGGAUUACAGCGGCCGCAAGGCCUCGCACUACCUGAGCCGGGGCACCGCCGAAGAGGUCCGGAGCCUUGUGGGGGCUCUGCAAGACGAGGUCGACAGCGGGGCGCCUAAUGGCAGCAGCCGCUGGAGACUUUCCAAAGUGCUCCCCUCGAACCUCAUUACUUACAAGCUUUCUCACCAUCACCACGGGGAUGAAAGGGAGUCCGGAGACGGGUCGGCAGCGCCCAACAAGAGCAAAGAACUGAGUAGGAAAACCUCGGGCAGUGGUAGGAUAAAACCCCGCCUCAACAAAAUCCGGUUCCAUACCCAAAUCAUCCACACCACCCCUUCUUUCAGGGGGGAUGCAGAAGAAGAAGAAGCAGAAGAAGAAGAAAGGUCCCUGAAAGCCUCCUUCAAACUCAGACCUAAGUCCAAUAUAUUUGGUUAAAAGAACAAAUGUGUCCUUUAUUCUGAUGGGGACAUUUUAAGAUAAUCCCUGAAGGCAAUGCCUUUAGUUGCUAAACAGGGUUAAAUAGAAUAAAUAUUUUGGUUAGGAACUUUUUAGGUUAGAUAUUUUUUAGGGCUACGUAUUCAGUGGUUAAUGGAACCAAACCUUAAAACUUUUUGUUUUUAAAAAUACACAUUUUCAGACUUGUUUUUUUUAAAAAACAUUGAUCAAGUUUUAUAUUGGUUACAUAGUAAGAGCUGCUGUUUCUCCAGUGUGACCAAAUAUCCAUUAAGACACUACAUAUAUGUCUGGGUUCUGUCAGAUUAAACUUGCAUAUAGUAGAGGCUUACAUGGUGGAAUGCUACUCCAUAUACUAAAAUUCAUUGCACACAGAAAGCUAUCAUGGGGACAAGAUAAGGCUUUAAAUUUUCUUCAUGAUCUUUAUUUUUAUGUGCGUGGAAGUAUUUUACAUACUUACUUUUUAAAAGGCCAAAUGAAGCAUUUCAUUGAUAAUGUUUUCUUAUCUACACAGUUGCAGAGGAAAAGAAAUUUAGGAUUUACAGUGGAUGAACAGGCAGGUGUGAGUAAGUCUGGCUGGAAAUGUUCCAUUUCAAAGGUUACCCCUAGUCAGGCUCCAGUUGAACAGGGUGAUUAAAAUUGCUUAAGGAGUAUGUAUGCAGGAAGAAAUGGGAGGGGGGACAGUUAACCAUUCUUUCCAAGUAUUCUCUGUUACCUUUCAUGCACAUUAGCAUGACAAGGCAACCUGUGCUGCCUUGCCUUUUUUGCCCUAAAAGACGUGUGUUAAGACAUAUAUAUUGGGAAAUUUAUAUAAAAUGUUAUAUGACAACUGCAGUAUGGGCUGUAUUAGUUAUCCAGAAUCUGUAAACUCAGUGGGAAUUGUGCCAUUGACUUUAGAAGAAUACUCAUUGCACCUAAUUUGUAAGGCUGUACUUUUCUAAUGGUAAUUUUGAGCUCUGAUCUUUGACUAUGUUUUAUUUGCUGAGUGCAAUGCCUUUGGGAAUGGGGAUACUAAUAGUAGAUAAAGUUAACUUGGUUUUGUUGUGAGACAAGGCUUUGAUCAACAGGUUUGUUCUACAGCUGAACGCUACUGAAUUUGAAAACAUAAUUUAAAUGAAACAUUCCUCGUGAAUGGUUACAAUAGAGCAAUGGUAAUGACCAUGUAGCACAACUUUCUUUUUAUGUGGUAGUUUUGUGAACAAUAUUAGUCAUUUGGAUAAGCUGUCUUGAAUAUUAGUCCUAGUGUUUAGCCAUUAAUUUCUUCAAUAUGGAAUAGGAAUCAUUUUCAGUUAUGAGAAAAAACUUAAAACCAUAAGUAGAUCUCUUAGCAUUCUGGAACACUUGCUGAUUCAGAGAUCAGGAGACAAUGGAAGACUGUCUAGUGUACUGAAAUACCAAUGAAUACAGUGUCUAGCUUAUAAAUAUGUACAUAAAUAUUGUUAUAGAUAAAAUACAGCAGUUCCACAAGAAUCCAUAUUCAUAUCACUGAAUAUGAAAUGAUAUAAACUAUGGGUUUAUGCAUAUUCAGUCUGAUAUAUAAGAUACAGAAAUGAAAAAGCACAUGAUUCAUUUGCUGAUGCAUGUUACAGAAUGUUAGAGAAUCUUUCAUUACUUAUAUUUUGCUUAUCAAUUCUUUUUUUAAAAGAAUAGUGAACCUGUGAUUUUUAAAAAGCACACAAUUCUUUAUAGUGUGAAAAUUAAACACUUUAUUUUUUACUUUAAGAAAUAGCAACAGUGUCUGGAAAGUUAGUAAUAUUUUUAAAAAUAUUUGUUCCAAAUUUAGUGAUUUUUAUGAAAUGUUAUGAAAAGUGUUAGCACUUUUUCUUCAAAGAAUAUCUGGGCUGGUCCUCAGAUGCUGCUUAUGUGACUAUUAACAAUCCAAUGCUGCCAAAUAAAUGCAAAACUAACUAAAGCAUGUUUCCCAAUUAGUUUUCAAAUAUUUUGGAAAUGAUCAUUUUAUACUGAUUUAAAGGCAGGUUGCAGUUCUAAAACAGUGGAACCUGUUUUUUGAAAGAUAUUACAAUAAAUAAUACCAUAAUUACCAUAAAUUGCAAAAUAGUAUUAAAGAGAACAGCUGUAUAGCUGUCCCUUCUCUUAUCACAACUAUCUUUUUUGAUGCUAACCGUCUUCUAAUGAUUAUCAAUUGGUUAUGUAACUCUAAUUGUUUUGAUAUUUUUUUGCAGGCUACCUAUACCCAACCAAUGCAUAGAGUAUAAUUUUUAGAUGGAAGAUGGAAAACUUUGUAGUGUUAUCUUUUUUUUUUAAUACUCUAUCAGAAACAUGACAGUAGGAGUUUGACAAAAGUUCUAAUGAUAUCCUUAUUCAGAUAUAUAAUAGGGUCUAAAAACUUUGCUGAAAAAAAGCUAAACUGUAAAGAACUGCUUACUGUACAAACUAUUACACUACUUUGGUACUUUUUUAUGUACACAAGUAAAACACAUGCAAACAUGUUUUCAGUUUUAAUUUAUAAGCUAUAAUUACAUGUGCCUUUGUUGACCAUUGCAAACUACAAAGAAAGGAGUUUAUUGAGCAUUCCUCUUCUCAUUUCAAUAGGUUGAAGGCCAUUGGUGUCUUUCUGUCAACAUACAACUUGUAGCAAAAUAAAUAUUCCGAAGUGUCAUUCUGUACUACAGCACUAGAGGUUUUAUAAUUUUAGUAAAGAUUAUAUAAGGGUUGAAAAUUCUGCAGUGCAGAAUAGUGUCUGAAGUACAAUAUCUUUACAAAUUUCAGUAAAAUAACCUGAAAUAAGUUCAACAUUAUUGUGUAAGAUCUCAAAGACAAAGAUAAUCCAUCCCAUCCUUUUUAAAAUGUUUGCUCUGUAACAUAUUUAAAUUGUUCUCUAUUGUAUUUAUAGCUGACAUGAGGUUGUAUUUUUGUAGGUGUUGUGUAUUUAAAUGUUGAUCUGAAAGUUAGGUCUAAAACAUUGCAUAUGCCAUUAGUUUCUAUCUGAUAAUCACAGAGAAAUAUUUUGAAUGUAUUCUUCAAACAAAGCUUGUUAUCACUGCAGCAAUUUCAAUUAUUUUAGGCACUAGCUUCGGCGUCUGUCACAAACUAGUAAUAGGAGUACAAGAAUUUGCAAAUGUUACAUGACAUUGGAGCACAAUGUAAAAUUCUGAAAGCUUACAGGAGUAAUACUUUGAUUCUAAAUACUAAAAAAUAUUUAGUGUCCUGUGUACAGGUUGCUUUUUCACAACUACAGGUAGAUGUACAUGAUAAACUAAGGUCUGCAGUUUGUAGAAGUACAUGAAAAAUCAAUUUUGAUAAUGCAAAAGUCAGGUUGACUUAAUAUGUAAAUUGCAUAACACGGAGGAACAGUAGCAGUUUUUUGCUCAAACCACAGUUCAUGUUUACCAAGCACAAACAUGUAGUCUACUUCCCAAUAGUAUAAAUGUUUUAUUUCAAUCUUUGUGACUUAACUGGCACACCAACUUCAACAUAAAAAUUAGAGUUAUGUGGAAUAAAACUGGAUAUCUUGAGCUGUUUCUUUCUAAGGAGGUACAAAAUUAAGCUCUGUCCCACAUCCACUAGCUGUUGAGGUUAGUUGAAUUUAUUUUUAGAAAGCAUACAUGAGAAUAGGUUGCAAUUUUUGCUACCUUAUCCCUGAAUAGAAUAGAGCUUUCCAAGACUGUCUUGGUAAAAAUUGAUUAUAAUAUGUGUCUGAAUGAAUGGUUGAGUGAAGAAUUACUGUAAACCUAACUCUUAAUUAAAUUGUCGUUCUUUUCAUUUUGGAAUUAUACUUGUAAUCUUUUAAUAUUGGCCUUGCUGAACUGGAAGUCUUCAGUGGAAGUCCCACAUUUCUUGCUUUACAUCACUUGCUUUACAGAUGUGAAAUUACUGUGCUUGUGUCAUAAUAAUCAUAAUAAUCAAAUUUAUCUGUCCAGGAAAAAACAUAACUGUCAUACCAACUGAAGUUGAUAUUAGCAUACUUUUCUGUGGAGGCUACCUAGAUCUUGAUGGAUGGUACUGGGUCUAGAAACAAUCUUUGUGGAGGUAUGGAAUAUGAUUCAUCCAAAACGUAUAUUAUUUUAACAUUCUAAAAUCAAAAGGGAUUGUUAUUGUACUACGUUGGAAGAUUUGAUUUAAAAUUGUUCAAGUGUAAAACUUCGCAAAUUACCGUAAUUAUUUGGUUGUCAUAAUUGUAUUGAAUAUCCAGGAAUAAUCACGUUAAUACAUACAUUAUAAAAAUAACAACACCUGAUAUUUUAUCAGUCUCUUAAGAGAAAUUUUCUCUAAACCAAAAACGAGGAAAGUUCCAAAGGUGCUUAGAAAUUACUUCUUAUAAAUUCCAUACAUUUCUUAAACUGACAUUUGUUGAGAUUUGCUGCCAGUUCUUUAAGAAAAUAUUUCAGGUAAAACUAAUUUCUUCCUUUGUUCAUGAAGAGCUGGUACAUAUCAAGCAGUAAAGAAUGAGCUGCCAGUCAGAUCAUAGGUUUACACAUAACACUAAGCUAAACUCUGUGAUUUGAUUUAUGGGUUAGCAUAUGUGAAUGGAACCAAUUGUUUAUGCAGUAAACCAUGAUUAAAUGUGACAGAAAAUCAUUGGUUCAAUGUGACCUCUUUCCUUAAUGAGGUGACCUUACACAAAGUUCACUUUCUUAAUAUUUGCUAUUUGUCUAUAGCACCCAAAUACUAAUUUUACUGGAUUGUUUCAAAACAAAACACAUGGAGCAGUUUGAAAACUUAAAACUAUGUUACAAAAUACUUUCUGUACACAUCCUGAUAUCUUGGUUUAACAAUCCAUUUUGUUGUAGUAACAGCACCUUUGAUUUGCUAAGAAUAAUACUACACACUUGUCAAUAAAAAUUGAAAAACUUAAACUGAGUUACUCUAGGAAACUCUUACUUCAUCGAAAUAUACGCAAAGUAACACCCAGCUUGCUAUCCCGUGUGCAAAUUUGUAAAUUUAAUCCUGAAAUGUUCCCACCCCAAACCAGAUAAGAAUGCCAGCAGGACAUCAGUCAUGAUGGUUCUUGCUUUUACGUGUCAGAACUGCUCAUUUCUUACAACAUGGCUUUUAUAUUAAAUCAAUUAUGUUUAAUUCAUUCAAUUAUCCAUGAAUCUCUGCUACAUCCAGUUUCCAACCUCAUAUUCUUUGAGUUACAAAAGCUUUGGAAUGCAAACCAAUUAUCCUCUUUUUCUGCCAGGGCAUCCAGAAUUGUUUCAACUCAGCUCCAAAGCAGACUCAGGUUUAAUUCAGUCUCUCCAAAACUGAUUCUCAUUAUCCUGUCCUGUAACAUUAGUUUUGCUUUA